AUGAGAACUUACGGAAGACAUGGCAGGUUUCGAAGUCUAAUUGCCAGUCAAGAGUUAUCAAGUGAAAGUUUCAGCGAUGAAGAACGCAACUGGGAUACGUUCACAAGCGAUGAACCGUUUGAAGCACUGACGCCAAAGUCCAGCCUUGGUGGAGAGCCUAAUCCAAAGGUGAUGCAUUGUGCAGAAAAAUCUGCCCACGGGAAAACAGCCACGAGGCUUGAAGUCCUAGACUUUUUAGAUGAGCAACCUCUGAAACGGCGCAAGAAAACGCUUCAGCACAGUACCCGUGUAGACCCGGACAACACCAGCGAUUGCGACAGCAGUACCAUCUCGUCAAGUCAAGCUGAGAGAAGUUUCCAGAGUACGAUACAAGAUGCAAAUAAAAUGAUCUCUACCAUUGGGGAAGCUGUAAAUCGCGGAAACCCGGAUUGGCAAUUGGCUGGAAGCGCUCUAUCUGAAAAUCCAACGGCCAGCGGCUCUUCGAGCACUAGAAUUACAUACGGUAAGAACAGAACGAUGGUGUUCAAUGAAGAUGACGAAGGUGUUGCGUCAUAUUCUUCCGACGAGGACCAUAACUCGCGGGAAUUUUCUCAGAGUACCCAACAUUUCAAUCAAUUGAAGUCCACUGGUGAGACGCUGGGAUAUCAGGAUGAGCUUGAGUUCAUGCUUCAAAGAGAUGCAACAAUGACCGCGCCAGCUAAAAGGUCGAGACUUCUUGACGUAGCGCUGGCUUUUUUGAAGUCGCCUGAAAUGCUUGAAUACGCGAUCAAACAUCAUCAAACAGAAGUUUGUGAGAGUGUACUCGACCUAUGCAGCUUUGAAAACUAUACUUUUGUACACGUAGGUGGUUUCGUUCUUAGCCAACUCCGUCUGCAACCCGAUAAUUCACUAUGGAAUUCAAUUGGCCUGAGAAACCUGCUUUUACAACUAGUCCAUCCAGAAAGUGACUACACGGACCGCGCAGUGACUGAGGUCCUUCUUUCACGCUACAAUGAAUUUUUGCAACUCGUUGGUUCAACUUCAGGCCUCCUUUAUGGGCUUAAAUUGUGGAAUGUUAGCCUUGACCACCAUGACGUGGUCGAUUCACGCGAGUGUGACAUAGCAAUACGUCUUCUGGAGGAAAACUGUUCAUAUCCCCAUGACCUAUUCAAAGUCGCAGAAAAGAUACUCUGCAAGAGCUCCAGUCAGGCCGUUCCUCUAUCGAGGUGGUUUGAGGCGCUAGUCUCAUGGUUUCCAGCCCAUAUCACAGACGAUGGCCUCGUCAAGGCUUUGGUAAAGGCUACUAAUGACAACACCCAGCUACAAGGCCGGGGCGCCGAAAAGGUUUUUGAAGCUUCACUUUCUUUUUUGCUCGAAUAUCUUCACAGCGCUCAGAACCUCGAGGAUGUGGUGGUCUUGCAUCUUGGAUUAUGUCUUAAUGUGAUACAAAUACAAGGAGUGCUUCAAGUAGCGCUGGGAGAGAAAAUGUUGGAUAGGCUUUAUUGCAUGCUAAAGGAUCUGCACAAACUCUCGGAUAAAGGUUGCGCCUACAAAUUUAAGCACAACAUGUACCUGCUCAUCUGCUGCUAUAUCUCUCUUCAUCAAAGCCUUUCAUUUCAGCUGGCUGAACGAAAAUUUGUGGAGACCCAGCUCAAGGCAUUUGCCAGUGAGGUGAAGCUGUACAAUACUAGUAUUUACGCCAGCAUAUGUACCGUUCUGGAAAGCAUUGCUGUAUAG